AUGGGUCAUCCUCGCUUACGAGAUCGGCCACUUUCUUUGAAUAAUGACAACACACCUUCACAAAUUCGUCAUCGUGCUGGUGGUAGAAGUGCAAUAAGCCCUUUAACUCCAGCAACUUCUGCAGUACCAUGUCCCUCAAGUUGUAUCAGUUUGAAUUCAAACGUCCCUGUAUGUUCUCCUCAAAACCAAAUGCGAAAUCGUGCAUAUGGCCAGUAUCAAGAUGAAAACACUCAAGGUCGUGUUCAAUCGUACUGGGAUUGUGGUGAUGCAGAUCAUGUAUGUUCGCAUUGUGAUGCAAUGGUGUGGUAUGCAGAACGAACUUUGAAACAUUUUGCACCGUCUGUUCCUAGAUUCAGCUUAUGUUGCGGUGAGGGGAAUGUUAUUUUACCUUUACUUAUGAAUCCUCCGCAGCCAUUGCUAAGUUUACUGAAUCACAAUUCUGAGCCACGGUCAUCAGUUUAUAGAGACCAUAUCAAAGUUUUUAAUUCACUUUUUUCGAUGACGUCAACCGGUGGGAGAGUAUGUUCGGAAUUAAAUGAUAGUCGUGGUCCGUAUGCCUUUCGCUUGAAUGGACACAACCAUCAUAGAAUUGGCUCUCUGCUUCCAAAUCAUGAUGAUGGUCGGCCUAGAUUUGCGCAAUUAUAUAUUUAUGACACGGCCCAUGAAAUUGAUAAUCGCUUUUAUGCUUUAAGAAACUGUGUUCCAUCAUCUUCUGAUGAAUCCAUUUUUCAUUCGUUGGUGGUUGACUUGCUGGCCAUGCUUGAUGAAAAUAAUGUAUUAGUACAAGCGUUUAGGAUGGCUAGGGAAAGGUUUGAUGAUUCGUCUAGGCAACCAGUUAGACUUCGCUUGCUUGGCACACGAAAUACACAGGCUCGUCAAUAUAAUUUACCCACAGCUUCCGAAGUGGCUGCAUUAAUUCCAAGUGAUGGUAAUCCGACUGACUCGCGUGACAUCCUUAUUCAAGAGCAAGAUACUUAUACUACAAAACGCAUUUCGGAGCUGCACCCAAGUUACAUGUCUUUGCAAUAUCCGUUGCUCUUUCCUUAUGGAAAGGAUGGGUACCAUCCAAACAUUCCCUUAUCACGUAAUACGUCGGCAAAGAGGAAAAGCAUAUCUUUAAGGGAAUACUAUCGGUAUCGUUUACAUGUUAGGGAUACUGAAGCUAGAACGUUGCACUUAUCUGGCCGUUUGUUUCAGACGUAUGUCGUUGAUGCUUAUAGUGCUGUUCUGGAGAGUGAAUUAGAUUGGUAUAGGCGAAACCAAGCUACGAUUCGUUCAGAUCUAUAUAACGGAUUGUAUGAUCAUGCAUUUAUUUACACAAUUGAAUUCCAAAAACGUGGACUUCCGCAUUGUCAUGCUUUGCUUUUUCUAGAACCUGCGGAUAAGAUUGGUACAACGGAAGAUAUUGAUAGAUAUAUAUCCGCUGAACUUCCUUCUGAAUUGCAAGAUCCUGCUGCUUUUGCAGUUAUUAGCAAGCAAAUGAUGCAUGGACCAUGUGGUGAAGUAAAUCCAUCCAGUCCUUGUAUGCAUAAUCAGAAAUGUACGAAAGGGUAUCCAAAGAACUAUUGUGAUGAAACAUUUAUAAGAAAUGAUGGGUGGCCCUAUUACAAAAGGCCGAACAAUUCAAGAACAGUCCGGGUUGGUAGUCAAGAUAUUAGGCUUGAUAAUCGAUAUGUGGUUCCUUAUAACCGUGACUUACUUGUCAAAUAUGGUUGCCAUAUAAAUGUGGAGUGGUGUAACCAGGGUAUGUUGGUUAAGUACUUAUUCACGUAUCUUAACAAAGGUCCAGAUCGUGCAACUGCUGUCUUGGAAGGUCCUAACAGUAGAACGUCUUUUGCAUCGUUGUUACGAAACGAAAAUGAAAUUGAAGAAUAUAUAAAUUGUCGGUACAUUUCAGCGAUAGAAGCGUGUUGGAAGCUGUUUUCAUUUGACAUGAAUUACCGUUCAGUUGCGGUUGAAAGACUACCAUUCCAUGAAGAAGCACAACGAUCAACAUCUGCCUUUUCUAAGUUCACUGCAUGGAUGGAGGCAAAUCGGAAUCACCCAGAGGGUCGGAAUUUAACCUACGUUGAGUACCCAACUCAUUACACGUGGCAUGAAAAGGAUAGGCAAUGGAUGCCAAGGUAUGGUGGUAAUACUAUUGGUCGCAUUUAUCAUGUGAAUCCUUCUAUGGGUGAGAAGUAUUAUCUCCGUUUGUUAUUAAAUGUUGUUCGCGGUCCACGUAGCUUCAAAGAAAUUCGUACGGUUGACGGUGUCGAGUAUCCAAAUUAUAUGUUAGCUUGUAAAGCACUAAGUUUGCUUGGAGACGAUGUUGAAUGGGUUGAGGCUAUACGUGAAGCCUACCAGUGGAAGUUAGGGAAUCAAUUGCGUGAGUUGUUUGUGACGAUUCUUUUAUUCUGCACAGUUAGUGAUCAGUCGAAGUUAUUUUAUGACUGUCUUGAAUACUUAUCCGAAGAUGUUGCUUUCAAACAGAGAGCACUUCUAGGUAACCAACUUGUGGUGUUCACGGAUGAGGAGAUACUUAACUACACGUUGCUUGAGAUAAAUUCAAUUUUAAACAAUCACAACAAAUCAUUGGCCGACUUUCCAACUCUACCUCAGCUUGAUCCUCAUUUAACGGAUGAUGGUUCCAAUGGGUUGAUUAUUGCUGAAAAAACAUAUAAUGUGCAAGAAGAAGCUGUGAAAUUCAAUGAGCUACAUAGCGGGUUAAAUGCUAUUCAAAGCGGAGGGACAGCUAAAACGUACUUGUGGAGAACACUUAUUGCUUGCCUUCGUUCACGUAGGAAAAUUGUAUUAUCCGUUGCAUCGUCCGGAAUUGCAUCUAUGUUGUUACCUGGGGGUCGUACCGCACAUUCACGGUUUCGCAUUCCUAUAGAUAUUGAAAAUGAUUCAUGUUGUUCGAUCGACUACGGCAGCAACCUUGCUCAGUUAAUCAAUGCUGCUGAUCUAAUAAUUUGGGACGAAGCACCUUUACAACACAGGUAUGCAUUUGAGGCUGUUGACCGAACCUUUAGAGAUGUUUGUCGUGAUAACAUGGUUGACGCUCGGCAUCGGGUAUUUGGGGGAAAAGUUGUGGUUCUUGGAGGUGAUUUUCGUCAAAUUUUACCGGUUGUUCCGCAUGCCCCACGUAGUCAGAUUGUCGCGUCUGUUGUUAACAAGUCAGACACAAUAUGGAAUGCAUGUAAGGUAUUUCAUUUGACGACUAAUAUGCGCUUAAACAAUCCAAAUAUCAGUGGAGAUUCGCUUGAAAAAAUGAAAACGUUCAGCAAUUGGAUCUUGGCCAUGGGGGCCGGUCGCUUGCCUACAAUUUCAUUGGUGGGGGAAGAUGAACCUACGUGGAUCAAAAUGCCUAAUGAUCUUUUAAUCCCGGUUUUUGAAAAUCCGAUUGGUGCAGUGGUUUCCAAUACCUUUCCUGAUAUUUUAGAGAGAGUCAAUGACAUUCACUAUUUAAAAGAACGCUGCAUUUUGUGCCCAACGAAUGAUGAGGUCGAUAAGAUCAACCUUCACGUCCUUGAAAAAAUGCCAGGUGAACUUCAAGAAUUGUUAAGUGCUGAUGAAAUAUGUCAAAGCACAAACAACUAUGACGAGAUGUGCGCUUUGUAUCCACCUGAGUUUCUUAACACGUUGAAUUUUUCUGGGAUUUCAAACCAUAGGUUACAGUUAAAGAUCGGUGCACCGGUUAUUUUGAUGCGCAACUUAAAUUUGCAAAAGGGCUUGUGUAAUGGUACACGGUUGGUGGUUACACAAAUUAGUCGGCGUGUUAUUGAGGCAAUAAUUAUUACCGAUGUUUUUGGUGCACUACGCGCAUGGGGUCCUGUUAACACUGAAUCUUCAAACGUUCAGUCAUGUAAUCGGGAGAUUCGUCACAUAGUUUUAUCUGAUGAGCGUGGCAACAAACUUAAUGUUACGUUAUGGGGCAAAGCUGCUCUCAAGUUUACUGACGAGGCCAUCCGCAGUUAUGGAAAUAAUCAAAUUUUGGUUAUUUUGACCGGUUGCAAGGUCCGAAUGUUCGACGGGGGUCCGUGUUUAGUGUCAACGGUUGCGACUGAACUUUAUCUCAAUCUGGAUUUCCCUAUUGUCAUUGAGGCCUUCAAAAACAUUGUAGUGCCGCCUGUUGCGUUCACAUUGGAUGAUCAAAGCAACGAGGACAUGUCUGUUGUUAGUGUAUUUGACAUCUAUAAUUAUAUUAAAGAUGGUCUUGCUAAGGGAAAAAUGUACAAUGUUGAGGGCACAAUAAUUGGUGUUGAUUUGGAGGAGGAUUGGAAGUAUAAACUGGCUGUUCAAUUAUGGAACCAAGAAAAAGAGAUUACAUGUGUUCUCUUUGACGAUGCUGCAAAUCUUCUUCUCGGACUUACGGCUGAACAAUUGAUUAUAAAGACCUUAUCAGAGGGUGCUGAUGAUCCGUAUUGGAUAUAUGAAUUUCUGAUGGACGCUUUAUGUGCUCGAUUGAAAUUUCUGGCUUCACCGUAA